CAGAUCGAGAUAUUCUGAUGUUUGUCCGCUAGAGGGCGAUAAUGGACAUCACCAAUCAAAACCUGGAAAAAGAAAAUAGAAGAAAAGGGAGAGGCUUCAAAACAAAACAAGGAAAUACAACGCGGGGUGGAAAAUAAAUCAAGCUUUAAAGUAGACUAAAUGUGCAUCUCUGGAAUUAAAUUAUUUUCAAGGAAAACCUGAGUUUUGUGCAGAUUCACCUCACAGAGGCAAAGAACCUGAGAUCCCAUGGGCGUUCAUGGUCUUACUACCUUUGUGGAAGGAAACCGACAUUUCCUUUUCGAUGUGAAACUCAGAGACAGCCGCCUGAUCAUCGACGGCAGCAGUUUGUAUUUCAAUCUCUACUUGAAACACGGUUUGGACCGACAGCAUGGAGGAGAAUACGAGGCCUUUGCAUCCUUAGUCCUUGAGUUUGUCUCUGCCCUGCGGGCCUGUAAUAUUGAGCCAUAUGUGAUUCUGGAUGGCGGGAUUGACCCCAGCAACAAGAAAUAUCACACUCUGCAGCAACGCCUGCUGUCCAAAAUUAAAGAAGCAGAGAAUCUCUCUUAUGGCCGCAAUGGCUCGGUCCUCCCCAUCCUAACAAAGCAGGUCUUCAUUGAGGUCCUAAAUCAGAAUAAGGUCCCCGUGGUCCAAAGUCUUGCGGAGGCGGACUGGGACAUUGCCUGUUUGGCUCACCAAUGGAAGUGUCCAGUCCUGAGCAACGACAGUGAUUUUUUUAUUUUUGACCUGCCAGGUGGAUACAUGCCAUGGCAGUUUUUCAACUGGACCAACCUUAACGGUAAAGCAUCUCACCGCUACAUCCCAACUCGGUGCUACACCACCCAGGCUCUCUGCCGCUUUUAUGGGGGAAUGAAUCCGGAGUUACUGCCUCUAUUUGCUGUCCUGGCCGGUAAUGAUUACGCUACUCCCCAAGAGGCCGAAAGACUCCUCGAUAUGAUAGAUAGAACAGCUGGCAGCCGGCGGAACCAUAAAUCGUCUUCUUCUCGUGUUGACGUUCUGCUUCGGUGGCUAUCUUCCUUCCCAAGUCCGGCGCAGGCCUUGGCAGAAGUGAAGAGACUCAUGGGGGCUAACAGCGGUGGUGGACUCAGUACACAACUGAAGGCGCUUAUGAAGGAGUACCAUGUGACCCCUCAAAGCCCCUUUAAUUGUUGGUUCACUGAUUUCAAGGUUCCAGAAGGGCACAGUCAAACAUUACCCAAGGGCUUGUCAGUGGCUGCAACAGGAGCACUUUUGCCAGCCUUAGUGAUUGAUGCUUUGGUCAUGCGCAGGGUGCUCCUCAACUCACAGGUGGAGAACAGCAGGCAACCGAGCAGCCACCGUUGCGCCACACCUAUUCGCCAAGCUAUUUAUGGGAUAUUACUGCUCGAAGAGAAGCAAAUGGAGCCUGUCGGCUUCCAGCAAUUGAAAGGACAGGAGGGCAGUUUUACCCAGAGAGGUGGCAAAAGUCAAGCCAGCGUUGCAACCCCACGGCAAGUCUCUGGCUCCCCCGUAUGUGUGGAGGAGAUUGAUCGGCUUAACCUCAACCUGAAGAAAAUCCAAGUGGAAGCACAGCGGCUAAAAUCACAUUUCCAUGUCAAUUCCAUCUGUGAGGUCACUGAAAUGAUGCGUCGUAAUGCCAUUUGCGAAGUGUUGCGGGUGAAUCCGUCUGCGUUGGCUCAGGUUCCCGCCUCCAUGUAUCUGCCCAUUGCAGCCACAAGCUUCUGGUUGCAGGAGGCUGCACCAAAGCCUUCACAGCUUCACCUCCAGGCUUUGAUUUUGGGAAUGGUUUACGGAGAGCUGGUUUUGAUGGAGAAGAAUCAAAUUUCAAACUAUCAAAUUCCCGUCCCGAAAGAUAACUCGUUCGAGCUCCGCUUGAUUCGUCAGCUGGAUCAAAUUCGUUUGUCUUCGAGACAUGCCAUGGAUAUCGCGGCGGCUCACGUUUUCAGCCAAUGGCAGGCCUGCCUGUGGAGUGCGCAAUGUCUGAAUCAGCUUUUGUUGCUGCCAUUCAAUGAAGUCCACUUCUCACACUUAUUCAGUGGGAGCAUGGUGCACAGCGUUCUCAACCUUCUAAAAAAGGGUCAAACAGUAGAUCGGAUGCUGCCCAAGUUUUCGUACGACGUUUACUCCAUCCUGCUACACGCCGUGAAGAACUGCAGCUUUAAACCUCAGCUUGCUUCAGUGAGAGGCGGCAGGGGGCGAGGUGGCGAGCGGGGGAGAAGAGGAAGAGGACGAGGAGAAGUGGGAGGAGGAAGAGGACGAGGGAGGAGAGGGACGGAGGGGAUAAGCAACCGCUUUGCAGUUUUAGGAAUUAAUGAGUAAGACAAGAAUAUUAUGAAAUGAUAUGUGACCAAAUGAACGGCAACACAUUCCGUGGAAUUUCAAAAAUGCCAAGAAGCAAGUUUAUAAUUGUGUAUUCAUUAGUCAUCACCGUUAUCUUCAGCUUCAGCUUGUGCCUUUUGAUCGAAAGAAGAAAAAAACUGUCCUGUAAUCGCUUCUAACCGCAGUAUUAUUAAGAUCUUAAUAUUUUUAACUGAUGUAUGUUCUAUGAAAUUGAGCAUGUAUUGUAAUUCAUAGAGUCGAUGCCUAUGCAUUUUUUAAAGUUGUCAUUUUAAUUUGCAAUGGGUACAAAAAGACAUGAUGUUUUUUACAAAUUUUUAAACAGACAAGCAAUUAAAAGAUGAUUAAAACUAAUAAAAUGUCAUUCUCUGUCAAGUCUGUUAUCGUGAAUUAGCAAAAACAAAAUAGUUAUGCAGUUACGUAUGUCAAAAACAUACUUUUUAGCCAGUUUUGUGCAUUUCUACUUUAAUACAGGGUGUGCUGGUGUGUGUACACACCUGACUACACUAAUAAAAAAAAAAGAUAAGAAACAUUUUGCAGGAGUCGCAUGACGCUGACGUCACGUGGAAUGUGGACUCUAUUGUCUGAAACCAUUGACACGAAAACAAAACUGGGAGACGCACGAAUUACAGAAAAUGCUCCGUUGCCUCUGCACCUGCUGUUUCUCAAAAGAAAACUCCGACAACGAGUUACAUUAUUGCAUUAGCAGAGGCAGCCUCUCCUGCGGCCCAGUCCAACUGAAUCAAAUGGAGCUGAAUCUGCUCGACUAACACGACCAGUAAACGUGGAUGCACAACACACAGGCAGACUGGUCAUGAGGCGGGUAUGCGUGCCAGAACCGGAUUUGAGGUUUUCCGAUGUGGCCGAGACCUUCAAUGAGUUGCAGGAACGUUAUGAGUCCAUGGUUCGACACAUCAGAAACCUGCAGAAGAAUUGUGGCUGCACGCACAAUGACCAUCUGACUAUAUCUGAAUGCGUGGGCAAGAUCAGAGAAGAAAACCGAGACAAAUUCAAGGUCUCACUAAAGAUGAAGGGCUACGACUUCUCUCUAUCUGUGGAUCCCGUGGAUUCAGACGGAGCCUUGAUUCCUCCCAUUCUGCGGUUAGCUCAAGACGAUCUGAAGUGUGCUUCUGAGAACAGCAAGGCUGCACUAUCUAAAGGUACCAUCCUUCAAGAGCUGAUUGGAUGGCUACUCCGGAGCAAGGAUAAAAUUGCUGAACAGGUGAAGAAGGUCGCAGAGACUUACCAGGAGCAAGGAAGACUUAAUGAGAACCUGGAAAAGAACAUGAAGGAAGUGAGUAGGGCGAAGGAGUUGUCAUUGAAAUAUCGUCAACACGCUGAAGAGGUCCUUACCCAAGCAGCUCAGAUAGCUGGUGUUCCUCUGUGAGUGAGCAGCACAAUGUGCAUUCAAAAGUGUCUUUGUUUUGUGUUACCGGUGUGGUCAAUAAACAAAUUAAAAUUAUAUGCAAGACUA